AUGUCAAGACGUGGCUUGUCUUCAGGUGUAUCUAAUAGUGCCUUUGCAAACUUUCAUUCUUUUCGUAGUGCUUUACCUUCUAAAGUUGAAGUGUCAAAUACAAACGAUGAGAAUAUCAAACCACAAUCUACAAAUUUGUACGACUCACAACAAGGUAGUGCACAAUAUCAAAAUUCAUCACCCUGUGGUGAUAAUGAUGAUGGUGAAAAAAAUGAUUUUAAUUGUACGAGUGCAAAAGAUGAUUAUCCUGAUACUUCUACUAGUGACGCUUUUGGACGUGUAAAUGAAGGAAGUUUUAAUUACUCAUGCAAUGAAUCAUCAAGCCAAGUAAAUUCUGACAAUCCAGAUCGUAGUGGGAAAGAAGUUUUUGGAUUACACAACAAUGAAGAAUCAUCAAGACAUGUGAACUUUGGUGGUUCAGGACGUGGUGGAAGUGUUACCUUUGGAUCAAACUACAAUGAAAAAUCAUCAGAAAGCGUGAACUUUGCCAGCUCAGGACGUGGUAGAAGAGGUAUAUCUGGCGGUUAUGACAAUGCAGAUUCAUCGGGACAUGUAAAUUUUGGUAAUUCAGGACGUGGUGGAAGAGGUGCCUUUGGAUCAAACUACAAUGAAGAUUCAUCAGGAAAUGUAAAUUUUGGUAGUUCAGGACGUGGUGGAAGAGGUGCCUUUGGAUCAAACUACAAUGAAGAUUCAUCAGGAAAUGUAAACUUCGGCGCUUCAGGACGUGGUGGAAGAGGUGCUUUUAGAUCUCACGACAAUGGAGAUUCAUCGGGACAUGUAAAUUUUGGUAAUUCAGGACGUGGUGGAAGAGGUGCCUUUGGAUCAAACUACAAUGAAGAUUCAUCAGGUCAUGUAAAUUUUGGUAGUUCAGGACGUGGUGGAAGAGGUGCCUUUGGAUCAAACUACAAUGAAGAUUCAUCAGGACAUGUAAAUUUUGGUAGUUCAGGACGUGGUGGAAGAGGUACCUUUGGAUCUAACUACAAUGAAGAUUUAUCAGGACAUGUAAAUUUUGGUAAUUCAGGACGUGGUGGAAGAGGUGCUUUUAGAUCUCACGACAAUGGAGAUUCAUCGGGACAUGUAAAUUUGGGUAGUUCAGGACGUGGUAGAAGAGGUAUAUCUGAAGCUUAUGACAAUGGACAUUCCUCGGGACAUGUGAAUUUUGGUAGUUCAGGACGUGGUGGAAGAGGUGGUUCAAAUUACUUUUCUACUAAAAGUAACAAUUAUGGAGGUGGAGACAUUAAUGAGUUUUUAGGAAAUGCUCACAGUGGUCAAAAAUUACUUGCAGCAACUCAUGUUCCAAUUGAUCGCUCAAUAGAAAUUUUGCUUGAUGAAGAUAAACGUAACAAUAUCUUCUAUUCUCAAGUGGCAGAUCAAGACGAUGAUGUUGAUGUUAGUGGUGCGUCAUAUCGUUUUAAAUUUGAAAGCUGGGCUGAGUGCGAAUUUGUACCAGAAUUAAUGGAAAACAUUAAAUUAACUGGAUAUGUAAAACCAAGAAAUAUUCAAGCUUUUACAAUGCCUCAAAUUAUGAAUGGAUUUGAUGUUAAAGGCCAGGCUGAAACUGGUUCUGGCAAGACAGCAGCAUUUUUAUUACCAAUUAUCAAUGAUAUUAUUGCAAAUAAUUAUGAACGUAAGCCUCAAAGUCCUAUUGCCAUCAUAAUAUCUCCAACCCGUGAACUUGCUUUACAAACACAUGAGCAAGCUCGUAAAUUUGCUCACAAAACUGGUGUUACAGCUGCAAAAUGUUAUGGACAGUAUAAAGUUUCUGAAAAUAUUGUUGAAAUUAGAAACGGAUGUGACAUUCUUUCUGCUACUCCAGGUCGACUUAAGUCUUUUGUUUUAAACGGUGACAUUUCACUUCAAUGUCUUAGGUUUUUUAUUCUUGACGAGGCAGAUGAACUUUUUACUUAUGAUUUUGUUCAAACUAUUCGUGAAUGCUUAUCUAUUGGUAAUGCACCUCCAAAAGAUAAACGUAUCAAUAUGCUUUUUUCGGCAACAUUCCCAUCUGGUGUUGAUGAACUUGCUUCUGAACUAUUAAAUGAGAAUUAUGUAACAAUUGUUAAUUCAAGUCAAAAUGGUGCAAAUAAAAAAGUUAGCCAUGAAAUACUUUGCGUAGAUAAAAGACAAAAGAAUAUAAAAGUUUGUGAUAUGUUACUUAAAGAAAAAAAAGAUGUUGAACAAACGGGUCAAUUGUUAAGAAGAACUCUUAUAUUUGUUUCUAGAAAACAACAAGCAGAUAUGCUUGCAAUGUUUUUCUGUGAAAGAGGAAUUGAUGCAUUAUCUUUAAAUGGUGAUCGUCCUCAAAAACUUCGCGAGGAGGCACUCAACGAUUUUCGUGCACAUAAAAUAAGUGUCCUUGUAACAACAGACGUUUGUGCUCGUGGUAUUGAUAUCAAAGAUUUGGAUCACGUUAUAAAUGUUGAUCUUCCAAAAGAAUUCGUAACUUUUGUUCAUCGUGUUGGUCGCACUGGAAGACUUCGUGAAGGCUUUGCUACUUCAUUUUAUGAUCCAAGUGAUGACUAUAAUUUAAAAGAAGACUUGGUUAAUCUUUUACGUCUUAAUGCUAAAGAUGUUCCAGAAUUUUUACUUUAA